UCCGAAGCUACCUGCUGAAGACCAUUUCCUCAAUUUGCGGCGGUUGAGACGGUGGAAGAAACAGCAGCUGUCUUAAACUUUAAAGACUUCGAAGGAUUAAGACGCUUAAGGAUUUUACGAGACUUUUAGCGUGUCGAAUGGCGUGUGCAAGGAUUGUGCGAUUGGGAGUUAUCGUUUUUCUUUGUCAGGUAUUGUCGUGUGGAUAUGCGGAAGAGUCGGCAUGUACACCUGGAUUUGAGUCUGAGUUAAUCGUUUUUAAAGUGCACAGAGAUCACCUUCACAGGGGGAAAAGACUAGGAAGAGUAACAUUCAAUACCUGUGAUGGAAGAACAAGAACGCUCUUUCAGUCUGUUGACAAGCGGUUUGACGUGAACACGGAUGGGACUGUAACACUGAAGAGACAAGUGACUCUUCAAGAAGGCCACAAGGUGUUUUCAGUGCAUGCUUGGGACUCCGAUGGCAAGAAGCACACUGUAUUGGUCAAAGUUGAGCGUGUCCACCAUCAUAAGGAACAUCACGUGGAUACGGUCAUGAACAUUUCCUCUCCAGAGAUGGAAUCACCCUCUGAUCAGGUUUUGACUUUUCCAAAGUCUUCAACGGGAUUAAAGAGAGCAAAGAGAGAUUGGGUUAUUCCUCCGUUCAAUGUUCCUGAGAAUAGCAGAGGUCCAUUCCCAAUGAAACUGGUCCAGAUAAAGUCAGACCAUGCCAAGGAAACUCAAAUGGUAUACAGCGUCACAGGUGAAGGGGCGAAUGAGGACCCAAAGGGAAUUUUCACUGUUGAUAAACUUACAGGGAAUCUCUAUGUCACUCAGCCACUCGACAGAGAAAAAAAAGCUUCAUACAGACUUGUAGCUCAUGCUGAAGCACGUGAAGUGGCUAAUAUAAAAGAAAAUCCAAUGGAAGUUAUCAUCAAUGUGUUUGACCAAAAUGAUAAUAAGCCUGUGUUUACUCAAAAUCCUUUUAAUGGACAUCUUCCUGAAGCUGCUGGAAAAGGUUAUGAGUUUAUGACAGUCAUAGCCACUGAUGCAGAUGACCCAGAAACGGACAACGGUAUAAUCAACUACAAGAUUGUCAGCCAAGAGCCACCAUUUCCAAAACCAACCAUGUUUGAUAUCAACAUUUUAUCUGGAAGCAUUUUCGUGCAAGAACCAGCCAUGGACAGAGAGCAAUGGCCCAGAUAUACUUUGUUAAUUGUGGCUGCUGACAUGGAAGGAAAGGGUAUGGCAACCACUGGCACAGCAGUUAUUACAAUUACUGACAGCAAUGAUAACCCUCCUCAGUUUGAGAUAACUUCGCACGUCGUAUCUGUCCCAGAGAAUAAAGUAGGCUAUGUAGUGGCCACACUUACAGUUACUGAUGAUGACGAAGUUGGAUCACCAGCCUGGUCAACCAAGUAUCGGAUUAUUAGUGGUGACAAGGGUGGGUUUUUCAAUGUCAGUACUGGACCCAGCCAGCUGGAGGGCAUCAUCACCACUGUAAAGCCCCUGGACUUUGAGAAGACCAAGCAGUAUGUUCUGUCUGUGAUUGUUGAGAACGAGGAUCCAUUUGUCGGUUCUUUGCCCACUGCCACUGCCACGGUCACAGUGAAUGUAGAGGAUGUAAAUGAACCUCCUGAGUUUAAACCAAAAGAGAAUCUUAUCUUCAAACCUGAAGAUGCAGCAGUUGGUACUGAUUUGGUUACCUAUACAGCCACUGAUCCAGACAUUGGAAAAUCACAGAAGAUAAUUUAUAAAAUGGGCAGUGAUCCUGCUGGCUGGCUCAGUGUGUCUGCAGAGACUGGAGUCAUUAAAGUCAGAAACCUUAUGGAUCGAGAAUCUACUUAUGUCAAAGAUGGAAAAUACAGCGCUACCAUUCUUGCCGUGGAUAAUGACGCAACCUCUCCAGCAACUGGCACAGGCACCCUGAUAAUUGAAUUGGAGAAUGUAAAUGACAAUGCUCCUGUUAUUAAUGAAAGGGCCAUAAGUGUUUGCAAUCGUGAAUCAACCCCAGUUCUUCUCUCUAUAACGGACAAAGAUGGACCUCCUUUUGGUGGACCCUUUAGCGUUGAGACCCAAGGAGAAAGCAGUAAAAACUGGUCCACCACAAUGAAUGAUACAUCAACUGGUGUUUUUCUGCAGCUCAAGUCUCAAUUGGAGCAGGGAGACUACAAUGUAGUCCUGAGAGUGUUUGAUCAACAUAGGCUGUAUCAGGACAGCUCCAUUAAAGCAUCUGUGUGUGACUGCACAGGAGAUGAAUUCCAGUGUAAUGACAAGUUGGUAGCAGGGAUGUCACUAUCUGGAGUGCUUGGGAUCCUGGGAGGAAUCUUGGCUCUGCUGUUGCUCGUUCUUCUUCUGCUUUUGUUCCUGAGGAGGAAAAGCGGUUCCAAAAAAGAACCCCUCCUACCUGAAGAUGAUGUUAGAGACAACAUCUACUAUUAUGAUGAGGAAGGCGGUGGAGAAGACGAUCAGGAUUAUGAUCUGAGUGUGUUGCAUCGUGGCUUGGACAACAGACCUGAAGUGUUCCGAAAUGAUGUGGCACCCACUUUCCUGCCACCACCUCAGUAUAGAUCUCGACCAGCCAACCCUGAGGAGAUUGGGACAUUCAUUGAUGAUAAUUUGAAUGCUGCAGAUACUGACCCUACAGCACCCCCCUAUGACUCCCUCCUGGUGUUUGACUAUGAAGGUGGAGGCUCUGAUGCAGGUUCACUCAGCUCCAUCAACUCUUCCAGCUCAGGACACGACCAAGACUAUGACUUCCUCAAUGAGUGGGGCCCACGCUUUAAGAAGCUGGCAGACAUGUUUGGAGGAGGAGAGGAUUAAGAUUUUUUUUUUUUCAUUCUUUGCAAGAGCGCAUUAAUGGUUUGAGUGCAAAACUUUUUUUUUUUUUUUUUUUUUCGACUUGAGAAAUUUCUGGUGGUUUGUAUACUAGGUUUAAAGUUGUAACUGCAAUAGCACUGUUCAUGCAUCAGCAUAAACCUAGAUUUUUUUACUUGGAAGGGUUUUUUUUUUCUUUUUUUUUUUCUCUUCCCCUCAUCCUCUUUAAAUGAAGCUCCCAGUGAAAAGAUUUUGAAUAUUUGCUCUGAUUGCUCAGUAGGUAAAAAUCUAUAUUAUGAGAUGUUUUCCAAAGCUGUUUAACUGUAUAUUUUAUGUAAUGCAUUUUUUUUUUUUUGUAACAUUGUUAACUUUGGCAUUAAAUAUCUAAAA